AAUGAGCAAAAUCGCAAGCAUUCCACGUUGGAAUUAUUUAUCAUUAAACAUCAAAGAUCUGAAGAAAUCCACAUCUGGAACUAAAUUACAAGUAACUAAAAAUGAUGAGUCCACACCACCAAUAAAUCACAGUGCCAUUUUGCCAUGGAUCACUGUGUUCAAACAUUUUCAAAUGACCAGAGACAAAGUCGGAAUGGAUCUUUUGAAAGGCUGUCGGAACGGUUUCCAUUUGGAUGAUCCGUACAUUCGAAACACGCGAUUUUUCACAGAAUAUCAUCGAUUGCACGAUCCAGGCUUGAAACGGUACUACAAUUCGAUUCCAGUGAAAAAUCGAAUGAAGAAACUUCAAUUGAUCAACGAUGGAAAUGAUGCGAUAUGCACGAAUAAGGAGAUGAUCGAAUAUUUACGAUAUUUAGACAGCAUUCGGUCACGAAAUGAUGUCAAUUCAAUGAAAGAAAAGGAAGAGAAUCGAUUGUCAAACCAUUUUCACAAUUUAAAAGAGUUAAAAAAGAAAGAAACUCAAUACACUGACAUUUUUCGGCGAAAAAAAUAUAAACGUGAGCCAACAUCAAGUGCACACUUGAAAAAACAACAAACUCUCAAGCUGCAGAAACAUAUUGAUCAGAAGCGAAAGGCAAUCGAGAGAGCAGCCAAGGCAAAAACUGAACUCAAAGGUCAAAUCAAACAUAAAAACGAACAAAAAGAUAUUAAAACCAUUGCAAAAAGGAAAAUUGUUUUCGAAUCGAAUUCCAAGCGUCGCACGAAAAUUCGAGAAAUGACCAAAAAACGAUUGAGCGCAGCUGAGCACCGGAAAAAGACUUUGCAAGAGGAGAAAAGAGUGUCAAAAAUGACGAAAAACUAUGAAUUUUUCGAAAAAUGUAUGAAAGUUGGCGAGAAAAAUUAUUACAAAAACAUCGAACUAUUCGAAGAGUACAGCCAGAACAGAAAUGAAGGCAUGAAGGAGCGUCAGAAAAUGAUGCAGAAAAUUCAUGAACUAAACGAAAUUGGCAUGGUAAAAUUUCGUCAACAGAUUUCGUUGUGCAAAUUUAAACAAGAACAAUGUCAAGUGCUCGUUGACAAAAUUAUGAAGAAAAUCCCAGCAAAAAUAAAGAAAUUCAAACCAAUGAUCAAACCCAAAGACUUGGAAGAGGUUUCGCGACGUUUUUCGAUGUUAACGCCAGAGUUUGUUAGCAAUUGCGUUGAAAAAGUGUAUGGAAUACUUCAAAAUAUGGAACUUCCAACAUCAACUUCAGAUGUUAUGUCCGAAGUCACGAGUUUAAUGAUUAAACAUGUAGCUUUAAUACCAACAGUAAACCCAAUCAAUUGUCAAUUAGUUCGGCAACGCUUGGCCGAGAUUAUUACUCGAUUUGUUAUUGACAUCAAAGAUAAACAUGUACAACGCAUGGUGAAUGAGCUGAAAAGGGAAAAACGUGGUGAAAACAAAUGUGGAAUUCUUUAUAAAGGCAAUGAUUUGUCGUCGUCGUCGUCAUCAUCAGAUGGUGGAAAAUUUCAUGUUUGUUUUGCUGAAACAACAGAAAUUGAAGAAAAAUCGGAAACAGAUGAAUUUAAACAGAAAAAAUCCAUUUACUCGUCGAAAUUCGAUAAAAUCUAUGACUUGGAUGAUGUCAUUCACAGAGAACUGGAACGAUUUUUUAAAGUCGUUGUCACCAAUAAAUUUGACAUCCCAGACGAUUAUAAUACGCGUGAUUUUGUUCAUUUGUACGAUUUUCAAAAAUAUUAUAUCUACACUUCAGUCGAACGAUUGAGAGGACUUGUUGAAAUGAAACAAGAACACGAUUGGAUAAUCUACGAACAUUCAUCAUGGAAAGGUGAACAAUUCGACCUGGAGAGUAUAACAUUGAUGUCUGCCGAAAUGGUAAUGAAUAAUUCGCGAACACCAGAUGAUACUUGUGAAUGUGUUCGCAGAAUUAGCAAAUAUAUUUGCGUUCAAAUGGAUAUGGAAUUUGAAAUUGAAAAACAGAAGCUUCUGACAGACGAAAAUCGAGUUGCAAAUAUUGAAAAAUGUUCUUCACAACCCGAUUCAGACUCCGCAAAACAAUAA